AUGAACAUUCAGCAAAAUGCAGCAGUCCCUUAUAGAAUUUCUAAUGGCUACAAAGCUCUUUGUCCAUCACAAAGCAUAGUGAAUUGGAGCCAUGAGGUUAGGCUCAAAGCUAGAGAAAGAUUGCAUAGGUUGAAUAUUAUUGAGGAGGACUCAUGUCUGUUUUGCAGAAAUCAGAUUGAGUCUUCUAAACACUUAUUCUUCUUAUGUUCUUUCUCUCAUAAUUGCUUAUCCAAAGUUAAAGAAUGGUUAAAUUGGAGAGCUGAAACAACAGAUUUGAACAGAUUGCUUAGGUGGAUAAAAAGAGCAAAAAGCAGCUCAUUUCGAAAAGUUGUUAUAACAGUUGCUGUUGCUGCUGUUGUGUAUCACAUUUGGCAAGUUCGCAAUGGUAUUUUAUGGAAUUCAGAUGCCAUAUCAGUUAAGCAGGUUGUGAGAAAGAUUAAGGAGGAUAGGAAGAAUAGAACAUUGUGUUUCUGGCCAAGCAAAACCAAGCCGAUAGACAGAGAAUGGUUUUUAAAUCUAAAAACCAGAAGUUGUGCAAACCAGGAAACAAUUUCUGGUUUUGGUCUGUUUUUGUUCUGA